UGACCAGCUCUCUUAAGUGGGACACCAGCAAGAAGACAUGGCAAUAGAAAUAUCAGUGAUCAGUGUGGGAGCUGUGUUCUUAGUUGUGCUGCUAUUAAUGUUACUGAUUUGCACUUCUGGUCAGAGAGACAAAUGUGUACAGGAAGACCACAAUGGGAGUAAGCCUACAGUAGCUGAAUCUAGACUACUGCAGUAUUUCUAUCAGUUCCUUCCCUGCUCCUCGUCUCCUUCCCUCCCAGGUCCUCCCAGCCUCUUCCUCAUUGGUAAUAUGAUGGAGCUGACACACGAUCAUCUGCCAAUUCACCUCACCAAUCUGGCACAGCGGUAUGGAAACAUCUACCGCCUUAAAUGCGGAAACACAACAAUGGUGGUACUAAAUAGUAGUGACAUCAUAAGAGAAGCACUUGUGAAAAAAUGGUCAGACUUUGCUGGUAGACCACUUUCAUACACAGGUGAUAUUGUGUCUGGAGGAGGGCGCACCAUCUCUCUGGGGGACUAUAAUGAGGAAUGGAGGGCACAUCGUCGUCUUGUUCACAGUGCUUUGCAGCGUUGCUGCCAGCAGUCAUUGCAUGACGUGAUUGAGGGACAAGCACUGCAUCUGAGAAAGGUGUUGAUGGACUAUCAAGGCAGUGCUGUAGAUCUCUCAGAGGAUUUCACUGUGGCAGCCAGUAAUGUCAUCACCACUUUGGCUUUUGGAAAGGAAUAUGAUAAGAGGUCUUUGGAGCUGCAGCAGCUGCACAGCUGUCUCAAUGAGAUUGUUGCUCUGUGGGGCUCCUCUUGGAUUUCUGUUCUGGACUCCUUUCCACUGCUCAGAAAAUUACCCAAUCCUGUGUUUUCUCGUCUCCUGAAAGAGGUGGCCAGGAGAGAUGAAAUUAUAAGUAAACAUCUUAAAAAUUACAAGUCACAAGACAAAAAAAAUGAGGACGCUAUCACAGGAUCCCUCCUCCAGGGCCUUGACAAACAUCGCAACACAGAAGAUGGAGUGCUCCUGACAGAUAUUCAUGUUCACAUGGCCACUGUGGACCUUCUCAUCGGGGGGACAGAGACUACUGCAGCCUGGCUGAACUGGACUGUGGCCUUCCUAUUGCAUAGACCAGAGGUGCAGACCAAGGUGUAUGAGGAGUUGUGCACAGUGCUCGAGGGACGGUACCCCAAGUACAGUGACAGACACAGACUUCCUGUCCUGUGCUCUUUGAUCCACGAGGUACUCAGACUCAGGCCAGUUGCCCCGCUGGCGGUGCCACACAGGGCCAUCAGAGACAGCAGUAUUGCAGGUCACUUCAUCCCUAAGAACACAGUCAUCAUUCCUAAUCUGUUUGGAGCUCACCAUGAUCCAGCAGUUUGGACUGACCCAUACAGCUUCAAACCAGAGCGCUUUCUGGAAGGAGGAGGAGGCUCCACCCGUGCCCUCAUCCCUUUCGGAGGGGGAGCCCGGCUCUGCCUGGGGGAGUCUGUUGCCAAAAUGGAGCUCUUUCUGUUCACUGCCUACUUGUUGAGAGAUUUCCAGUUCAUCCCUCCUGAGAGCGAGGCCUCUCUGCCCGACCUGAGAGGAGUUGCUAGUGUUGUGCUCAAGGUCAAGUCCUACACAGUUAUAGCAAGUCCAAGAGCUGUGAAUAAUUCCUGAACUACAGAGGGUGUACUGCUAACUUUGUGUGCAAAUAAAAAAUGUUUUUAACUUUACAUGUAAAAAUACAGAACCCUUGUGUGUAUGUUUCUUGUCAGUUUUAUUGGAUAUCCUGAUUAAAUCCUACUGUUAAUGAAUUUAUUUCAAUUAUUUAUUUGAUAAUUACUAAAACAUGUAUAACACCCAGGCUUAUCUUCGCCAUGAUUUGUUUAAUCUCUUGUAUAAAGUCAAAGUAAACUGCAUUGUUAGACCUUUUGUGAAUGUUAAAGCUAUAUCACAAUAAUGAGCUUCAUUGGUCCAGUGGGCCAGGGGAAAUUACAGGAAUGGUCAAGCGGGUAAUCAAAUUUCUCCUCAAUGGAAACAGAAACUGAGUCAUAUAGAAAGCUUGAACAGAUGAACACUGUUCAGGCAGAGCUGCAUAAAAACCAAAACCUGAACCUGAAUUAGAACCUGGGGGUUGUACAGCUUACGGUAAAUGAAACUGGCCAGUCAUUUUAUAAGAAUAUCUGUCAUAGCGUCUAGAGUCUAGCAGCACCACCUAGUGGACAAAAACACUGAACAAACACUGAACAUGUAGUAAAGUGUAAUUUAAUGAAAAAAGACAUGUAUUUGGAAAACAAUCUGAAGAUUUGUGAACAAUUUAUUGAUUUCUAAUGCCACCUUUAGAUCGUUCUAUCCAAUGCUUCACUAAUGUGCCACAACAAUGUAAUGUUUUUUAGUUAAAAGCUUUUCUGAGCAAAUGUGAUUGUUUGUGUAAUAUUUCAGUGGCAAUGUAAGAAGAUGAUCAUGGGAUCACCUCAUGGGCUGGUCUUAAACUAAAAAUGAGUUUCCUGAAUUUCAUUUCCUGAAAAUGUGACUUGCAAAUUAUUUAGCAAUAAGCAAGUAUUCUUCUGUCAGAAGACAUCUUCUGAGAGAAGAAUGGCUUUCUUUUCAUUGUUAAGACUCUGCCUUCUUUCUCUGACACACGCAGCAGCUGGACUUCAGUCAUCUGAUCAUUUGAUGAUGUUUGCCUUACCAGGAGAUAGUAUUUUUUUACCAUGUGACAUACCCUCUAUUGAAUCCUGCUCCUCUAUUAACUGGAACAUGGCUGGAGAGUUUGGAACACUUAUUGAGGUGGUGAAAGCUGGAAGUGUGACGGCUCCAAACAUCCUCAGGGUCAACCUGCAGUGGGACUGCUCUCUGAAGAUUAAUCACCUGGUACUCAACGAUGCACGACUAUACUCUUGUAACAAUGGAGCACUCAAUUCAAAUGUUUCGCUACGGAUUCUUGAACGUGAUUAUUGAGAACUUGCAUCGUGCACAUACAGACACAAUAGAGCUUCACUGUUUCCUCAACACAUAUACAGGAUAUAAGCCUUGCAACAACAGGGGGAUGCAUAUCAAGUGGAGUACUGAAGAUAACACACCAUUAAAAGGAACUAGAUUUGGCUUUGAAAACCAAUCUGAAUGCUUUUCUAAACUGUUCAUCAAGAAGAAACUGACAGACCAUCACAGGAAAUGGAAAUGCCAGCUAUUUCAGAAUAACACAAUUAAAGCCGCCAUCAGUUACACAACAACAGUAAAAGAUGGUAUAGAGGAAGUAUUUGCUGCAGUGGGUGACUCAGUGUCACUCUUCUGUGGCAACACUUCCUCUCUUGCGGGUGGAACCGUGGAGUGGGCUGUGGGUGAAAGAACACUAACAGAUGAUGUCUCACUUCAUGAAGGCCAAACAGUUCAUGUCAAUAAAGACUUGACACUGGUCAUUAGCAGUGUGAGUGCAUUGCAUGCUGGGGACUACCAGUGUUCAGAGUCCACUGAUCAGCAAAAAGUGUUUAACAAAGUCAGGCUGCAUACCCUCGAUGUUACUUUGGAGUACAAGCCAGGGGGAGAUAAUGCCACCUUGACUUGUGUGCUCAACUGCUCUAAAGAAUGUGAAGAAGACUUCAGUUUAACUUGGUCUGGAAGAAGCCAAAACAGCUGGGAGAGUGAUUUAAUGAGUGACAGUAACAGUCUCAUUAACAGGCUGUUUCUCCCAGAUUUGUCAGCAACAUCGGAUGAGUUAGCCUGCCUGGUGCUUAGAGAGGGUGAUGUGAUGGCAUCAAAGAAGUGGCGCACUGCUGACCCUCUGCGAACACCUGCGUGGUUAGCCCUUCCUCUGGGCCUCCUGAUAUGUGUAGCUGCUGGAGGACUCUAUAUAUACAUGAAGAGAAAGCACAUCAAUAAUGCAGGAAAUGACCAGACAAGCAUUGUAAUGACUCAUGUUUAUGAGGUCAUUCUGGAUGCAGCUAAUGAGGAACCGCACCAGCAGAGACAAACCAAACGAGAAGCUACCACUACCACCACCACUGACAGUUUCUAUGAUUUAUUACAGGCUGUUAACUAGAACUAAAUAAAAGUGUUUUUUCCCUCUCAA